ACGAUCCUUCCUGUGGUGGUGGGCAGGGUCGCCUGUGUUGACAAACGUUUAUUCUCUAACUAGGGCGGAGAUUUUUUUCAUUUUUUCGAGUCAAAAAGCUGCUAAAUAAACGCUUUAUUAAAUAUAUAGGAAUACACACGAAAGGAUUAUUGUUUGGUAUUAAAUGCAAGUAUGGGUUGCUGCCUGACUGUUGGACCAAAUGAAGCGCUCGUUGUGUCAGGUGCCUGUUGUGGGUCAGACGCAAAGACAUAUGUGGUGGGAGGCUGGGCAUGGGCAUGGUGGCUUAUAUCAGACACACAGAGAAUUACACUAGAGAUUAUGACACUACAGCCGAAGUGUGAAGACGUGGAGACAGCAGAGGGAGUCGCUAUUACAGUUACAGGAGUUGCUCAAGUCAAGGUUAUGACUGACAAAGACUUGCUGGCAGUUGCCUGUGAGCAGUUUCUGGGAAAGUCUGUCAUGGAAAUCAAGGCUGUGGUCUUGCAAACCUUGGAGGGACAUUUGCGUUCCAUAUUAGGCACAUUGACAGUGGAGCAGAUCUACCAGGACAGAGAUGAGUUCGCUCGGCUGGUGAGGGAGGUGGCAGCUCCUGAUGUGGGCCGGAUGGGCAUUGAGAUCCUCAGCUUCACUAUAAAAGAUGUCUAUGAUAAGCUGGACUACCUGAGCUCUCUUGGAAAAACUCAGACAGCGGCUGUACAAAGGGACGCUGACAUCGGAGUGGCCGAGGCAGAGAGGGAUGCUGGGAUUAGAGAAGCUGAGUGCAAGAAAGAAAUGAUGGAUGUGAAGUUCUUGGCCGACACUAAAAUGGCCGACUCCAAGCGAGAGCUGGAGCUGCAGAAAGCUGCUUUCAAUCAAGAAGUGAACACUAAGAAAGCCGAGUCUCAGCUGGCCUAUGAACUACAGGCAGCUAAAGAGCAGCAGAAGAUCAGAUUGGAGGAGAUCGAAAUCGAGGUUGUGCAGAGGAAAAAACAGAUCUCCAUCGAGGAGAAAGAGAUUGAUAGGACAGAGAAGGAGCUGAUUGCGACAAUCAAGCGUCCUGCUGAAGCAGAGGCUUACAAGAUGCAGCAGCUGGCUGAAGGACACAAGUUGAAAAAAGUGCUGACUGCUCAGGCCGAGGCAGAGAAGAUCAGGAAGGUCGGAGAGGCGGAGGCCAUCUCUAUCUUAUCUGUAGGGAAGGCCGAGGCCGAGAGAAUGAGGCUGAAGGCAGAGGCCUACCAGCAGUACGGAGAGGCCGCCAAGACUGCACUCGUCCUGGAAGCACUUCCCAAGAUCGCUGGAAAGGUAGCAGCUCCUCUGGCCAGGACCAAUGAGAUUGUUAUUCUGAGUGGGGACAGCAGCCGCGUGACCGGGGAGGUGAACCGUCUCCUCGCUGAGCUGCCUGUGUCUGUUAAUGCACUGACGGGUGUGGACCUGUCCAAGAUCCCUCUGUUGCAGAUGAUGACAGGUGCUCAAGUAUGAAGUCAAUCAGUUGCGUCUCCUCCAUGAUAUGUUGUAUGCACUCACAGAAACUGCCUUUAGAAGACUUGGAAAUCUUUUUUUUUUAAAUUAAAAAAACAAAAACAUUAAAAAAAAAACAAGUAGAUUUUUGAUACCUCUGGUGCCUUAAUGUUUCAUAGGACCAGAAUAUCUGCAUGCACUGCUGCUCCCACAUUCCGCAGUUCACUAUUUUUAAAUCACUUGCCGCUGGAGUCAUUGUACAUCACACACUUCAGAGACCAUUAGAACAAUCAGUGUUGGGUUUUGUUUUGUUAUAUAUUUUUGUAUUGUCAGCAUACAAAAUUCAACCUAUCACACUUUUCCUUUACUAUUUUAUACACUUUCAUCUCUACACUACACAGACACUUUAACACUCAAUGGUGAGUCAGCUUUAGAUUACAAUCAAAACUUUUUAUCCAUCCAAAGCACUACUUCUUCAUUCAUAUUAAAUCAUAUUUCUAGCUACAAAGAGGCAACGUUACCUUUCAGAUCCUGCCGUGAUUUCUAACAUUCAGGAAGACUGCCACUAAUGCGAAUAGCGAGUAGCAUUCAGUAUACUAAGCUCUUGGGCAAAAGCAUUGCCUUACGGGUAAAUAUCAGUGUCAUCUUAGGUAGAAUCAAGCCAAGUGCUCCUCUUCUUUUUAAAUGUUGCUGACACAUAAAUAGACAUGACCUUUAUAAACCCAUCCAUCUAACUUACAUCAAUAGUUCAGAUCAAUCUUUUUGUCGUUGGAUUGUAUGUGUGCUUUGUUUUGUUUAAUUUAUAUUAUUGGACAUAAUUUGUUUUUAAAAGAAAUUUAGUUCUGGAGAGAUUUAUCAUAUGUUGUUAGCAAACUCUGAAACAUGUCUGAAACAAUGCUGUUGAUAUAGUUUCAUGACAACAGAGUUGAGCCAUUUUUAAGAUAUUUUUUGUAUAGUUGUAUGACAGCCAUGCCUGACAAAAUCUUUUUAAAUAUUAACACGAGUGACACUAGAUACUGUAAAAUCUGUCAUGAGAUGAAUUGAAAUCACCCUUUAUGGACAAUAAUGUUAUGUUUUGUAGUGGUUUAUCUAGAUGGUGUACUCUUUUGUCACUGUGAAAGUUAUAUUACCUCGUUUUCCUCAUUCGGUUCAGAGCGAGUGGCGGUUUGCAGUAGAGUUUGACAUGUUUGUACAUUUAUUCUGCUGUGUUUAGUAGUGCUGUGAAGGGGCAAAGUCACUUUUCCUUGUGUUUAUUUAACAUGCUAAUGAAAACACCAAACGAUAAAGCCAAGAGAUCACUCUCCUCUUUGUGAUAAUUAGAUUGUAUUUAUAGUUUUUAUCUGCUUACCAUCCGUUUUAAUUAAAUAUUGAUAAAACUGAUUUAUUUAUUUUGUUUUAGCAUUAGAUUUUUGUGUGUGUGUGUGAAACACUCUGUGUUUGAUUAAUUCAGAACUAUUAAAGCCAUGUCAGGUUUAGCCAUUUAGCAUUAGCGCAUCAUAUACUGUUUGUGCUUUGUAUGGCAUCGAUAAUGAACUAUACUGUGUAUUUGACAAACAUUAUAGGAACCAUAGAACUGUAUGACAGGGCAAAGAUGUGCUUUUCCUUUAGUGGGUCAACUGAUACACAAACUAACUCCAAUAUGCCAUGAAGAUACGGGGAGAAUUUGGUAGUUUUAUACAUGCUCUUUCCACAGAUUUAACUCAGCAUGUUUAUGGUGCAUGUAUGUAUUUCCAAAUGUAAUAAAUGUAAUGCGACCCUG